AUGAUGCGGCCUACUAUUGAAAGAUUGGACAAGCCGAGCGCAUAUUAUCUAUCAAAACAGAAUAAACGGAGGAAACAUGGCGACAGAGAUGGACCCCAAGAAGACCCCAUUGACCCUUUGAAGGAUGCCACUACACUCUAUGUCGGGAACCUGUCAUUCUAUACGACGGAGGAGCAGAUACAUGAACUGUUCGCCAAAUGCGGAGAGAUCAAACGGCUAGUUAUGGGUCUCGACCGGUUUGCGAAAACACCCUGCGGUUUCUGUUUUGUUGAAUAUUAUACCCAUCAAGACGCGCUCGACUGUAUGAAAUAUAUUGGAGGAACGAAACUGGAUGAGCGCAUAAUUCGGACAGAUCUAGACCCGGGCUUUCAGGAGGGUCGACAAUACGGACGAGGUAAAUCUGGUGGCCAGGUUCGGGACGAAUAUAGAGAUGAAUACGAUCCAGGACGUGGUGGUUACGGUAGGGCAAUUGCUGAUGAGCGAAGGAAGGAAGAAGAAGAGUAUGGGAAAGGGAGGUAAGAUAUAAUUGUGGGCUGAGUCGGAAUAUCGUGGCGCAAAUAUCGGCGUUAUCUCUACAUUAUUCUAUGUACACAAUGUGAAGGGGGAUUUUUCUAUCAGAUAUUCGAACAGAUCCAUGAAAUCCAUCAUGUAGGGUAUCUCAUUUGUUGUUGAAGCCGCCAUCUUCGCAUGCGACUGUCAUUCAUUCAUUAUUGCUGGGAGGCACGCGAUUUUAACACCGCCUGCUCAACCUGUUGCAACCACCAGGCAUGGAUUCUGGGAUCAUCCGUCAAUUCGGGAUGGAAACUGGUGCCAAAAACAUUGCCUUGUUUCACUGCAACAAUGUCUCCCGCAUCCGUCUCGGAAUGGAUGUCUGCGCCCGUCCCAGCAAGCUUAGCUGCCCUGCCCGGCAGCGUUGCCAACACAUCAACAUGGUGACUAAUUGCCUUCCGUGCCACUGGAUCCCUUGGAUGGCGUGAGGGCGCCACUAUUGUCCCCUCCCGCUUCUGCUCCUCAACCUGGAUGUCAUUGACGAAUGGGAGUACCUUCUCCACGACGGGAGCUCGGAUAAACACACCCAUGAAAGUCGUCGCUUGAUCAGAAACUUCGCUUU